AAAAUGGGGGUUCUGGCUUUACUGCUCAUCUCUUCAUUAAUAGUUUAUGCUAUAAAGGAAACCAGCAACAUCUGCAGUGUAACUAAUUUGACUCUUCUUGAAGAUAUUAGCGAGGAUAAAGCAAUGUUUAUUUAUCUGGAAAAGGAAGCAUCUAAAUCCUUGGAAUUGGUCACUCCCAAAACUAUUGAACAUGACAACUUUCUCCUGAUUGGCUAUGGUAUGAUGGUUCAAUCCUACCCAUGUCCCUUUACUCUACCUGUUAAUAUCGGUUCUUUUGACAUGGGUGGAGUUGCAGUUCUUGAUGGAAAAAUCUACAUCUACAACUUUAUAUCUAACACGUGUUUCAAUGGUAAUGCUGACUCUACAGGAACCUGGGAGGAAAUACCAGCUUUUUUUACCCCAGCAAAACGGUAUCCUUCAAUGAUAACAGUUGGACAAAAUAUCAUCAUCUCCGGAGGUCUCAACCCAUCUUCUGUUCACAUGGAUACAAUCGAACGUUUUAACGGGGCCUUUUGGACAACACUGACCAACAAGCUAAAUGGGAAAAGAUCUUAUCAUUGUUCUGUAGCAAUAAGUAAUACUGAAAUGGUAGUGUUGGGUGGAUAUAAUGGAAGUACCCUGGCUAAAGUAGAGAAGUACAAUGUUGACGGAUAUCUAGUUGAGACUCUGGAAAGUAUGCCAGUGGCCAGACAGAGGCUCGGAUGUUCUUUUUACAAUGAUGAAUUGUAUGCCGCCGGUGGGUCGCUUACAAGUGGGGAAACCAUCUCUGAUGUGGAUGUAUAUAACAUGGCGACCAAGCAAUGGAGGAAAAUCAGUAAUAUGAACAAUGUCCGACAAUAUCCUGGGUUGUAUGCACAUAAGGGGAAACUGAUCGUAUUUGGAUGGGAUCUCACUGUUGAAGAAUAUGAUGGAGUCAGCUGGAAGUUUUCCAACACGGGAUUAAGCAAAUCUUUCCGGACCGGGGUUUCUGUACCUAUUCCCUGCCCAACCUAGGCAUAACAUUUAAAGGAACUGUAAGCUUAAGUGACCCUUUAUGUAAUAUAGCAAUGCCCAAUUUACAAAAAAUGUGGACAAAAGCGCGGCUUUUUUGAAUCAAAAAGUGUUCUUUGAGAUUCUCCAUUGUUUUAAUUAGCAAGAAAUGCCCAAGUUUGCAAACAAACCUAGAUGAAAAUAAACAGUUUGAAUAAUUAAAAAUAUUGAUAUCUAAUGCAUACUAUUAUAGUUCAGACAAAGCUUUUAAGGGUACUAUUGUAAAUCGGACUUUGCCAUGCUUACAUGAAGGCACUACACUUGAAAUUACACUUACAGUUUCUUUAAAAGGAGAGACCGGCUAGACAUGGUACAGUUAAACCCUAAAUAAGCCAUGCAUUGAAAGAAUUCAUCAAAUGUCGUAUUCUUCACUUUCUGAUAAUGGAAAGUUGCAGAUAUUUGGCUUUUUAAUGAUUAUAUGGAACUCUUUAAAACUGUUCCCGCAUAUUCAUGGCUAUUUAUUUAUUUUCGCAAAUACUGAA